CAGCGGCAGCACACAGCUGCGCGGUUCCCGGUGUGCGCAGUCCUCUGGAGGAGGAGACCACAUAAUCAGCGGGACCAUCAGCGGCGUGAAUCUCUUACACUUACACACAAGCAACUAGACACUUUUUCCAUUCCACGCGGAAAUUUCUUUUGACUGUUUGCAGGUGACCUGUAACCGGUUGGAAAGAAGGAAGAGCAGAGCACAAAUGGAAAAAGAAGAGUGAAACAGAGGAUGAGGAAGAACGAAAGCACGACUCAAGAGAUUUAACAUGCACAAUGGGAGCCCAGUGCCCUGCCAGCUGCCAGCUGAUUGGAAGAGAAUAAAGCACACUUUGCCUAAAGGAGGUCAAAGGUUCUCUGGCAGUAGUUCAGUCUUUUGCCCUGUAGUGGGCGCACUACUUUGUCACAACAGCCAACAUGGCUGCACUCUGAACACACAAAUAAUUACUUUUUCAUCCCCUCCUUGCUAAACUCUUCAUCCAUUCACCAUCAACCAGGUAGUUGUCCAUUGACAUGGAGAAAACAUAUUCAUUAACCGCCCACUACGAUGAGUUCCAGGAAGUGAAGUAUGGCAGUCGCUAUAGUAGUGACAUCCUCAGCAAUGGCAUGACUCUUCACCUUGGUGGAAGCCUGGACCGCCAUAUUGGGCGUGGUCGUGGAGGUACUUGGUCAAAUGGUAGAAACAAAGAUCCAAGCAGCAACAGUGGCAGCGGCGGGAUUCCUCGAUGGAGUCGGAGGGAAAUCUGCCUUCUCUCUGCGCUGGUCUUUGCAGCAGGCAUGUGUGUCAUCUUGGGCAGCAUGCUGGCACUCAAGUACAUUUCCUUAGAUGCCCAGCAGGACCCACAAUGUCGGCAGGACUGCCAGCGCAAGCGCUCACUGCUGCGGGCGGCGCGCUUUGUUCAAGCCAAUAUUGAUCCAACCAUCCAGCCCUGCCAGGACUUCUACUCCUUUGCCUGUGGUGGCUGGCUGAGGCGCCAUGGAAUCCCAGAGGACAAGCUCAGCUACGGUAUUAUUACUGCUAUAGGGGAACACAAUGAGGAGAAAUUACAGCGCCUUUUACUGGAGCCCAUACGGAGGCGCGGUGAGUCCUCAGCUGAGCGCAAGGUUAAGGAGUUCUAUCGAUCAUGCGUCAAUAUCCAGGAGAUCGACAAGUUGGGAUCUGACCCCAUGAUGGAGGUGAUAGACAGCUGUGGGGGGUGGGACCUGGUGGGGGCUCCUCCAAGUGCUGCUGGCUGGGAGAGGGAGGGCGCCCCCCAGAGGCCAGACUUCAAUGAGUUGUUGUAUAGGACACAGGGGAUGUAUAGCACUGCUGUGUUUUUCUCCCUCACAGUCAAUGUGGAUGACAAAAAUUCCUCCAGGAAUGCCAUCAGGAUUGAUCAGGAAGGACUCACACUGCCGGAGAGAAGCCUGUACCUGGGACAGGAUGAGGACAGUGUUAAGAUCUUGGCGGCAUACAAGGCCUUGAUGGAGCGCUUGCUGAGCAUGCUGGGAGCAGCUCACAAUGCCACACAAAAGUCCAAAGAGAUCAUACAGUUGGAGACCCGUCUGGCUAAUAUCACUGUAUCAGAAUAUGAUGACCAAAGAAAGGACAUCAGCACCAUGUACAACCGCAUCACCCUCAGGCAGCUACAGCGCAUCGCUCCAAGCCUUCACUGGAAACGUUUGCUGGACAGAAUCUUCCAUGAUAACUUCUCCGAAGAUGAAGAGAUUGUGGUGUUAGCCACUGAUUACAUCCAGAAAGUGUCUGAUAUAAUCAAGACAACUUCAAAGAGGUAA